AUGUCGACAAACGCCCUCCCCAAGACAGUUCGUGCCCUGCUGCAGGCGGUUCCAACCUCCACUACCAUCACUCUUGUUCAGCGCCCUAUGCCAAUUCCUAACUUCGACAAAGGCGAGCACUUGGUCCGAGUUCAUGCUACAGCUCCAUGCGCGGGUGAACUUCUAUGGCCGCGGUUCGGAGACAUCCCCGGCAAAGAGAUUAUCACCUGCGACGACGUGUCAGGUGUUGUAGUCAGUGCGCCAGAGAGCUCUGCGUUCCAGACAGGGAGCAGGGUGUACGCCCGCACGAGCUAUAAUCGCCCCGGUUGCGCUCGUGACUAUGCGAUCGUCACGACGGCCGAGCUCGCACGCUGCCCGCAAAACCUAAGCUGGGCGGAGGCCGCAGCCGCGCCUCUUUCGGCGGAGACUGCCUGGCAGGCGCUAUUCAAACAUGCGGGAGUUGGUGCAUUCGACAGUCCGGCCUGGAAGGGAAAGCGCUUGUUGGUGACUGCGGCGUCUGGCAGUGUUGGUACUUGGAUUGUCCAGAUUGCGAGUAUUAUUGGAGCCGAGGUGAUUGGGACUUGUGGGCCGAGUAAUGUGGAUCAUGUCCGAGCGCUAGGCGCGAAGGAAGUGCUGGACUAUCGUGCAGUUGAUCUUGCUAAAUGGGGCCAGAAUCCAGCAAACAAAGUCGACCUUGUCAUUGACUGUAUUGGUGGGAAGUCACUGGAAGAUGCCUGGUCGUGUCUCCAAGACAAUGCCGUGAUAAUGAGCAUCUGUGAGCCCCCGAAAGGAAGACGGCCUGCAGUUGUUGCAUCAAAUGCGAGGGACCUUUUCUGGAUUACGGAACCAUCUGGUGCAGACUUGACAGAGAUCACUAAGCUUAUCGAAGAGGGCAAGUGUCGGCCCGUUGUGGAUAGUGUAUGGCCCUUGGAGCAAUUCCGAUCUGCGUACCAGCGGCUGGAGAGUGGCCAUGCGCGUGGAAAGAUUGUCUUUGAUUUAUUGAUGAACACUGCAAAGCUGCAGGGAAGAGUCUUAGCUGCCUAA